CGGCUUAUUCAAAGCUGCGAAACGCAUCAGUCGUUUAGAGACGCGUAAACUAUACACUUACUCGGGAGAGUUAGGUAGCUUUAUAAAAAAUGGCGUUUAAAUAUUUUUUGGAAAUUCUCGUUUUAGCUGUUUGUGUUGAAUUUGGCUCGUCGAUCCGUUGCUACGAGUGUAACAGCGCGAACAACUCGAUGUGUUUGAACCCCACUAUCUACGACACGGAGACCGUACAGAAGUACCUCCGCGCCACCAGCUGUGAUCAUAGCGCGUUCUUAGGACCGAAUCCACCAGCAGCCAAACAGAUGUUCUGCAGAAAAAUAAUUCAGACUAUUCUCCACAAGGGUCACGAUGCUGAGGUCCGAGUGACUCGUGGCUGCGGCUGGGUUAGACAUCAUAAGGACUGCUACAAGGCUGACAAUGAAGAUCACCUGGAAACAGUAUGCCAGUGCUUCACCGAUGAUUGUAAUGGGGCUAUGACAUUGAAACAUAGUCUUGUAAUUACGUUUAUUAGCUUAGGUUUAAUAUUGUUAAAAUAUUACUAAGUUUACAACACUACUCGUAAAGUCAACUUCUUCUAAAUUUGACUCGGAGUUUCUAUGUUUGUAAAGGAUUUUCUCUGAUGUUCACAAGUUCUGAAAAUCUUUAUGACUCAGAACAUAAAAUGAUAAUUAAUAAUUUAUUUUAUUACAUUGUAAAUGAAUGUAAACUAGGUUAGAACCCACAGCAGUGAGGAGUGGCGUGGAGGUAUUUUA